AUUGUUAUUUAUUUUGAAAAUAUACUGUCACCUGGCAGUUAUAUUCUUAAUAUGACAUUUUUUGGAAAUAUAUAUAGCAACGUGAGUAGCUACGUGAGUGGCUUUUCCAGGAUUCGGUUAAACGAAAGUGGACACGAAAGCUGGUUUAUUUGGACGAAUAAUUGGCCGACUACAACACGAAGAAUAUUCCCUUGCUGGGAUGAGCCAAAAUUCAAGGCAAAUUUUACUAUAAGUAUACGUCAUGACCGCAACUAUCGAGGUUUUUCUAAUAUGCGAGCGAUUGAAAAACCAGUUCAGAAAAGUAGAUACUCUACUACAAAUUUUUACAUGACCCCUGAAAUAUCUACUUGUCUGGUAUCUAUAGGGCUUUGUAAAAUGCCCACGUAUCGUAAAGGAAAUAUAAUAUGGAGAAACAAUGUCUGGAAUGACAGAGAAUUCUAUGCGGAAGCCACAAAUUUAACAAAAAGUGUAAUGAAAUAUUUCAAAACUUAUUGGAAACAAGAGGACCGAACAAUUCAACAAAUCGUUAUUCCAGGUUUAUUGGAUAACAAUAUAAUGAAAUGGGCAGUUACUUUUUAUCGAGAAGCCAAUAUUAUUUAUAGCAAUACUUCGAAUUCGGCUGCAUUUAUUCAACAAUCAAAGUACUCUAUAAUCCUUUCCAUAUCACGCCAGUUAGGCACAAUAGUUAGCCCAUUAUGGUGGAAUGAUUUAUGGUUGAAUAAUGGAAUUGCUACAUUUUUUUGUAUAAACGAUAUAGUUAAGGAGACAAUCGAUCCUCGCAUGUCGAAUUUACUUAUAGUCCAAACUGUGUAA